AUGAAUCGAUUAAAUGUAACCUAUAUGAUAAUCAUCUCGGAAUAUUUUCAAGACAUACAAGACUUUGUUAAUUUAGAGUUAGUGAGCAAAAAAUAUCAAGACAACAUGGAAAAGUUCAAUUACAACCCGAUUCCAUUAACAAAGAAAACGAUUGCUUAUUUUCCUAACAUCGAAACAUUAAACUUAUGGAGCACAGAAGAUGAGAGCUUUGGUAUUUCAAUAACUCAAACUUCGAACAAAGGUCUUUCCUUUCUAUUUAAAAACUCAACCAAACACUAUAAGUUUCAAAAAAUUGUCGUGUGGUUUGAAGUCGACGUGAAAACAGCAAGCAAAAAUACCAACCCAAAAAUUCAAUACAAAAACGUACCAUUUCGAUCAUAUGAUUGCACAAAAAACACAGAAAAAAUAGCAGCAAUAGUCACUUCACUUUAUGAAAACUGCUAUUCUAACUGUGAAAAAAUUCG